AUGUAUGAAUGGAGACGAGACCAGGUAAACACACCUCCAACAUCCAGUGAAUACAGAAUCAUCAGCGUUGCUGAGUCUGAUGGUGGAGGAUACAGCUGUCGGGGCAGAAGAAACUCUUCCUGGACAGAGUGGAGUGACAUCACCACAUUGAGAGUAACGGUUCCCAUUAAGCCCACUGUGACCCUGCAGCCACCCUGGACUCAGAUAUACAGCGGUGAGACAAUCAGUGUCAGAUGUGAGAUUCAGGGAGGUGAAGGAGCUCAGUGGACGUAUGAAUGGAGACAAGACCAGGUUAACAUACCUGAUACAUCCAGUGAAUACAGAAUCAUCAGAGUAACUGAGUCUGACAGUGGAGGAUACAGCUGCCGGGGCAAAAGGACCUAUUUGUUAACAGAGUGGAGUGAUACCAUCACACUGUCUGUAUCAUCGAAACCAAAGGCUGAACUGAGAGCUGAUGGCACAGCUGUUCCAGUAGGGGGCAGUGUGACCCUGACCUGCUCUGUGAACCCAUCAUCAUCAUCACCAUCAUCAUCAUCAUCAUCUGGAUGGAAAUACUACUGGUACAGAUAUAGGAAAUCUUAUCAGAUUCUGACAAAUGGACAAAUCAGUGUCUCAGAGGGAGGACGCUACAGGUGCAGAGGAGGAAGAGGAGAACCAGUUUACUACACAGAGGACAGUCAGUCAGUCAGGAUUGACACAACUGUGUCAAACAGGCCUGUUGUGACUCUGUAUCCAAACUGGUCUGAGAUAUACAGAGGAGAGACGAUCACUGUCAGAUGUGAGAUCCAUGGAGGAGACACUGAGUGGGAUUAUGAGUGGGAAACUAACAGCAUGAUAAAAGCUCCAAAUCAAAAUGAAUACAGGAUUAGAUCUGCUUCAUCAUUCAACAGUGGAAACUAUCGCUGUAAGGGCAGAAUGAAAAGUUCACAGCAUGAAACAACAGAGUGGAGUGAUUCAGUCACACUGACAGUUUCUGACAAUGAACCCCGUCCUGUCCUCACUGUGUCUCCAUCAUGGCUGAGUCCUGGAGCCUCAGUAACUCUGAACUGUGAGGUUGAACAUCCGUCUGCAGGAUGGAGCUUCUACUGGUAUAAAGCUGUUCCUGAUCUAUCAGAGAAAUCCUCCAGUUAUGAGCUGCUACCUGAUGGCAGUGGGACUGCACAGGACUCCUACAUCAUUCAUGGACAGACACACACAGCAGGAUAUGUGUGCAGAGCUGGAAGAGGAGACCCAGAGUAUCACACUGAUCACAGUCAACCAAAGUUUGUCUGGUCUGCAGGUCAGUUUAAAGUCUGUAAAUCUGGCUGGACUCCUGUGAAGCACAUUAUGUACGCAGAUGAUCUCGUGGUCUCAAGCAGCUCCUUCCCAGCUUCUUCUUUUGUUCCCAGUAAGCCCACUGUGACCCUGCAGCCACCCUGGACUCAGAUAUACAGCGGUGAGACAGUCAGUGUCAGUUGUGAGAUUCAGGGAGGUGAAGGAGCUCAGUGGACGUAUGAAUGGAGACCUAACAAGUUAAACACACCUCCGACAUCCAGUGAAUACAGAAUCAUCACAGUUACUGAGUCUGACAGUGGAGGAUACAGCUGCCGUGGCACAAGGACCUAUAUGUUAACAAAGUGGAGUGAUAUCAUCACACUGUCUGUAUCGUCGAAACCAAAGGCUGAACUGAGAGCUGAUAGGACAGCUGUUCCAGUAGGGGGCAGUGUGACCCUGACCUGCUCUGUGAACCUAUCAUCACCAUCAUCAUCAUCAUCAUCAUCAUCAUCUGGAUGGAAAUACUACUGGUACAGAGAUUGGAAAUCUUAUCAACCUGUGACAAAUGGACAAAUCAGUGUCUCAGAGGGAGGACGCUACAGCUGCAGAGGAGGAAAAGGAGAACCAGUUUACUACACAGAGUACAGUGAGUCUGUCAGGAUUGACACAACUGUCUCAAACAGGCCUGUUGUGACUCUGUAUCCAAACUGGUCUGAGAUAUACAAAGGAGAGACGAUCACUGUGAGAUGUGAGAUCCAUGGAGGAGACACUGAGUGGGAUUAUGAGUGGGAAACAAACAGCAUCAGAAAACCUCCAAAUCAAAAUGAACACAGGAUUGGAUCUGCUUCAUCAUUCAACAGUGGAAAAUAUCGCUCCAUCCUGGACUCAGAUAUACAGCGGUGA